AUGGCAGCGGAAGUGGGAUAUCAGCAAACUGUUUCUGCACAAAUUGUUGGGAGAGUAUUUGUAGAGAAAUACUACACCAUUCUGCAUAGCUCGCCGGAGUUGGCUAAUAAAUUCUAUCGAGACAAGAGUACCAUCCAUCGUGUCGAGGAGGAUGGCUCCAUGAGCGUCACCACAACCUGUCAAGCCAUCAAAGAGAAGAUUGUAUCGCUCAACCAUGGAGACUUAAGAUUUGAGAUCAAGUCGGUGGAUUCAUUGGAGUCUUUUGUAGGUGAAGUUCAUGUUUUUGUCACUGGCCAUCUCGUGGGACAUGACAAUGUAGUUAAAAGUUUCUCCCAACACUUCAUUCUUGCUCCACAAGAUAAUGGCUACUUUGUUUUAAGCGACCUGUUACAGUAUGUGGAUAUUGUCAACGGGAACCCAACUUUAGGAAGUGAUAUUGUUGUGCGUCCGAUCACAACACAAGAUGAAGCUUACAGUCCAUCAGAGGAUGGCGACGGUGUGUUCUUUGGUUUAGUAGAAGUUCCAAGAUCCGUUUUCGCUAAUGAGCUGAUGCAUCUCAAGGGAGCUGCUGCAAGUUUUUCUCCCCCUCCAAUGGAAUCUGCAUUUCAGAUAUCCCCCUCCAUUUGGUCUGCUGCAAGUUUUUCUCUCCUGCCAAUGGAUCCUGCAAAAGCAACACUAAACAGCGGACACAAUCAAAAUGGCAAUUAUUGCUCAAUAUAUAUGAGGAGGCCUCCAAAGAAUGCUACUGAGACGUCACUUGAAGACGUGUUUAAGAAAUUUGGGCUUACUCUGAAAUACAGAAAUGAAGCUAAAAGCAAGAGGCUGAUGCAUCUCAAGGGAGCUGCUGCAAGUUUUUCUCCCCCUCCAAUGGAUCCUGGAAAAGCAAUACUAAACAGUAGACACAAUGAAAAGGAGAGAUUCAGAAUCCAGCCGCUUGGAAACAUUGGAGGUGGCAGUGGUUACAAUAAAAGGAUCAAAGUUACAUCAUUUUGCCCAAUAAAAGAAAACCCUGAUUUAAAAGUAGAAUGGACCCUGCCGAACAGCGAAACAUCUCUGGUCCUUCUCCGGCUACCUGCAAAGCACAUCGCCGCCUGCAGAUGCGUAUGCAGUAGUUGGCUCCACCUAACGACUUCACCAAAAUUCAUCUCUGCACAGCUCGACCAUGCCCGGUCCGAAUCCGAUCCCCAAGUCCUUUUCCACGAUUCGUACCCCCUCAGAGACAGAGACAAGUUCCCACCAAAACCCCCCCAAUCAGGCCUCGUCUGCUCUUCCACGGACACAUUGAUUAUUGGCUCGAUCAACGGCCUGAUCUGCUCCGCUGGCAACGGGAUGUACCGCAGCUGGCCGACCCCCAAUGACAUCUGGAUAUGGAACCCAUCUACUGGGCUCUCAAAGAAACUCCCCAUGGGCAUCCACCAGUUCCAGCGCUUUUCCAAUUAUCAGGCCACAUUCGCCUUCUGCUGGGACGAAGAGUCUGACGUGUACAAGGUGGUUAGAAUCAUUUCGAAGAAAUGCGAAGAAACCUUGGCCGAGGUCUGGUCCUCGGAUAUUAAAUCCUGGGAGGAGAUUGAUCUCACCAACCACCCUUCUUUCUAUCACCCCUCACACCAUGUUAACGCGGUCCCAGCCACCACCUGCAAUGUGUUUGUCGGGAAUUCCCCCCACUGGGCUGUCAUCGAUUAUUAUGGGAAUCCCUUUAUCAUGUCAUUUGAUGUCAAAGCCAACAAGCUGAAGAGAUCCUAUUUCCCAUCUCAACUAUCUUCUCACCGGGAAAAAGUCGCUGAGGGAAUUAACUGUGGGCUUCCUGAUCUUAUUGUUACAAACUGGAUGGGGAAAUUGGCGGUGCUCGAUGCUGUGGAUUAUCUUUCUGCUGAUGAUGAGUAUGAGAAACUGGCCAAGGCUCUUUCUGCUACAGAGAGGGAGACGAUUAUAUACUGGUUGUGGACGAUGGAAGCGAAUGGUCAUUGGAUUCGUUCAUGUCUGUUUUCUUUUGGGUUUAUGUUCAAUUAUUGCCUGAACUCCGUGGGGGGAGGGAAAUUUAUGCUGGUGGACAGGUAUUCAGAUAUAGCAUUUUACGACAUUGUGGAGAGACGAGUUAUUAGGACUUAUGGAGUUCCCGAGGAAAUUCCCUGUAUAUCUUUGGGCUUUGACUUUGUCGGGAGCUUAGUGUCGAUUGAGGGGUUUGAGCCCAUUGGGAACAAUUUUAGCAAAUUGAUGACUCUCACCUGGCCAAGUCAUGUGCAGAUGAGCGUGAACGAGGAUAAACACGGGGAUAAACACUGCAAACAACUCUUUAUGAUUUCGGGAAAAGGUAAAUUCUGUGAGGAUGCAAUGGAACGUGAUCCUGAAGAGUCUGCCGUCCCUGCACCUUUUUGGGAGUAUCAAAAUCAUUUUAAUAUUUUGGGUAUUUCUUGGCGUUGA